AUGAUAUUAAAUAAGAAACAAAUUACAUGGGUCAAUGCUAUUGCUAAUGCUAUUGCUAAUGCUAAUGCUAAUGCUAUUGCUAAUGCUAUUGCUAUUGCUAUUGCUAAUGCUAUUGCUAAUGCUAUUGCUAAUGCUAUUGCUAAUGCUAUUGCUAAUGCUAUUGCUAUUGCUAAUGCUAUUGCUAAUGCUAUUGCUAAUGCUAUUGCUAAUGCUAUUGCUAAUGCUAUUGCUAAUGCUAUUGCUAAUGCUAUUGCUAAUGCUAUUGCUAAUGCUAUUGCUAAUGCUAUUGCUAAUACUAUUGCUAAUGCUAUUGCUAAUGUUAUUACUAAUGCUAUUGCUAUUGCUAAUGCUAUUGGUAAUGCUAUUGCUAAUGCUAUUGCUAAUGCUAUUGCUAAUUCUGAAGAAUCGAAUACCAAUGCUAUUGCUAAUGCUGUUGCUAAUGCUAUUGCUAAUGCUAAUGCUAAUGCUAUUGCUAAUGCUAUUGCUAUUGCUAAUGCUAUUGCUAUUGCCAAUGGUAUUGCUAAUGCUAUUGCUUACGCUAUUGCUAAUACUAUUGACAAUGGUAUUGCUAUUGCUAAUGCUAUUGCUAUUGCUAAUGCUACUGCUAAUGCUAUUGCUAAUGCUAUAGCUAAUGCUAUAGCUAAUGCUAUUGCUAUUGCUAAUGCUAUUGCUAAUGCUAUUGCUAAUGCUAAUACUAUUGCUAAUGCUAUUGCUAUUGCUAAUGCUAUUGCUAAUGCUAAUACUAUUGCUAGUGCUAUUGCUAGUGCUAUUGCUAUCGCUAUUGAUAAUGCUAAUGCUAUUGCUAAAGCUAUUGCUAAUGCUAUUGCUAAUGCUAUUGCUAACGCUGUUGCUAUUGCUAAUGCUAAUGCUAUUGCUAAUGCUAUUGUUAUUGCUAUUGCUAAUUCUAUUGCUAAUACUACUGAUAAUGCUAUUUCUAUUGUUUAUACUAUUGAUAAUGCUAAUGCUAAUGCUAUUGGUUAUACUAUUGAUAAUGCUAUUGUUACUGCUAAUGAUAUUGCUAUUGUUAAUGCUGUUGCUAUUGUUAAUGCUAAUGCUAUUGCUAUUGCAAUGGCAUUUGCUAAUGCUAAUGAUAUUGCCAUUGCUAUUGCUAACGCUAAUGCUUUUCUAAGGAAAACAAUUACUAAUGAUAUUGCUAUUACUAAUGCUAAUUCCAAUGCUAUUGCCAAUGCUAAUGCUAUUGCUAAUGCUAUUGCUAAUGCUAUUGCUAAUGCUAUUGCUAAUGCUAUUGCUAAUGCUAUUGCUAAUGCUAUUGCUAAUGCUAUUGCUAAUGCUAUUGCUAAUGCUAUUGCUAUUGCUAAUGCUAUUGCUAAUGCUAUUGCUAAUGCUAUUGCUAAUGCUAAUGCUAUUGCUAUUGCUAUUGCUAUUGCUAUUGCUAUUGCUAUUGCUAUUGCUAAUGCUAUUGCUAAUGCUAUUGCUAAUGCUAUUGCUAAUGCUAUUGCUAAUGCUAUUGCUAUUGCUUAUGCCAUUGUUAUUGUUAAUGCUGAUGCUUGUACGCAGAAUUAUUCUGGUGGCAUUAUAAAUCAAAAUUACUAA